UCUUUUUGGGUCUUUUUUUCUCUGCAAUCUUCUUUCUUGUUUCCUACUCUUUUUUCUUUCUUUGUUUCACAUGGCGGAGGUUUUAGGCGAAGGCGAGUUCUGCCUUCCUCGGUUUCUAACCGACGACGACUUGUUCAUGGACAGGUAUGAAGCUAAGAGCAACAACACCAAGAAACUGGAGGAUGAGUUCCGGUUUGGGUUUGGGUCUUUUGGUUUCGCUUCGGAUCCAAGUUCUCCGGUUGAGUCCGUGGUGGGUUCUACUGAGACUGAGAGUGACGAAGAGGACUAUCUCGCUGGGUUAACUCGUCAAAUGGUUCACUAUACUCUCGACGAUGGUGCUACCCGAAACGACCGUGCUUUUGCUUCCGAAAACCCUAAGGAUUGGGGUUUUUCCAGUUCGCCGCAAUCUACCUUAUGUCCGUUGAAGAGUGGAUGCGGUUGCAUGCAAGGAUCUAGCCGUGGAGGCUCUACUUUUCCGUCUCGAAUUUCUUCGUCGCCGGCAACAUCUGAUCUACUGUAUGCGGCGGCGGAGGAAGUUGCUAGGAUGAGAAUGACUGAAGAAGCUUACGGUGGAUUCAACAACAGAGGCCUUUUGCGUUCACCGGCAACAAUGUUCUCUCAGAACGUCGACGUUUCUGGCGUUUACCCAUCUCCGUGGCCGCUUUAUCAGCAGAAGCUGCAAGCCGCUCGAUUUCAGAUUCUGAAGCAACAUCUGCUAAUGAAACAACAGCAACCGCACUACAAUCACCAUGUGGUCCAAGAGAGAGUGAGGAGCAACAAUGGUACUAAUAGGCCUAAGGAUUUGUUCCCCGCUGCAUGGUCCCCUCUGCAGCAGCAAAACCAGAAGCCAAACGGGGCGGGUAUGCGGGCUGUUUUCUUGAACAAUCCAACUGCCAAAAGGGAAUGUGCUGGAACUGGCGUCUUCAUCCCUCAGCGUAUUGGUGCACCUCAUGAACCCCGCAAGAAGCCAGCUGCUUCUCCUACUGUUCUGCUUCCGGCUAGAGUGGUUCAGGCCUUGAACUUGAACCUUGAUGAGAUUGGAGCUCAAUCCCAGCAUCAUCUUCAGUUUAACCCAAAUUCUGUUGCUGAGACUGAUGCUGCUUUGAAACUUCGAAGCGGUGCGAACGUGUUAGGCAACCAAAAGCAACGCAAUUUCAGGCAACAAGGAAGGAAGCGUGAAGUGGGGUUACCUCAGGAAUGGACGUAUUGACUCAACUUCAGCAUAUCUGCUAGUGGCUGACUAGUUCUCUCUGGGUCUUUUUUUUGGGAGUUUUUAGGAAGAUGGGGGAAAGGUGUUAGGGUUUGGUUAUAGGGAAAUAGUAUAGAAAGUAUAGGUUUUUAAGAAAGAAAAAAAAUCUCGGGGGUAUUAACAAGAAGAUGAAAUGGUUAUUUUGUUGAAAAAUAACGCAAGAACAUCUAGUAGCUUGCUCGUGGCCAAGGGAAAACACAGUUAGACUUUUGUAAAUCUGGGAUUUGGGUCAAUAAGUUGACAGUGAAAAAUGUUGAAUGAAAUGGA